AUGUGUCAGAGAGCCUCAUGUUUGUACCUGUGCUGCAGCGGCGUCGAGGAGCGGCUGAACCACAGAUCUGCGUCUCCUUCAGAUCCUGUCGAGUCUCUGUCAAACUUCACCAGGAAAGUCGGUGCAUUCGUCAACAAACCCAACGCUCAGCUGACAGCAGCGAGUCUGGACCUGCCGUUCUCUGCGUUUGCUCCCAGAGGUUUGGAGGCAGAAGAACAUGACCACAUGGUGCAGCCCCCGGACUCCCCCUCAGCCUCCUCUCCCCUCCAGGGCAGUCUCCACUCUCAGGGCUCUGAAAGCUCCGGGCCGCAGGACGACUUUGUCAUGGUCGACUUUAGACCGGCCUUCUCCAAAGACGACCUUCUCCCCAUGGACCUGGGCACGUUCUACAGAGAGUUCCAGAACCCGCCGCAGCUCGCCAGCCUCUCGCUGCACAUCAGCGCUCAGUCCAUGGCCGACGACCUGGACUCUCUACCUGAAAAACUCGCAGUCUACGAGAAAAACAUGGACGAGUUUGAUGCGUUCGUCGACAUGCUGCAGUAA